CCUAUCCUUAGAAGAAAAGCAUCAACCACAUGGUUUCUCUAACACGACACCGUUUUAUCCGACACGGAUCCACCUGAUUCUUAUUGUUAAUUCUCUAUCUCAAUUCCAAGUUGUAAUCUUUUCCCAUCAUUGCGUACUGGGUUUGUUCCAAAAUCUGGUUUGAUUAGUUUUGAGCUGAGAAGAAGUGUUGUGAUCUGAAUAUCUCAAGAAAUGGUGAAGGAAAGUGCCUACUAUGAUGUAUUAGGGGUCAAUGUUGAUGCAUCUGCUGCAGAUAUCAAGAAGGCUUAUUACAUCAAGGCAAGAAUAGUUCACCCUGAUAAAAAUCCUGGGGAUCCUAAGGCUGCUGAAAAUUUUCAGAUGCUUGGUGAGGCUUACCAGGUUUUAAGUGACCCUGAGAAGCGCGAAGCAUAUGAUAAGAAUGGGAAGGCAGGAAUACCACAAGAUACCAUGUUGGAUCCUACGGCUGUAUUUGGGAUGCUUUUUGGAAGUGAACUGUUUGAAGAAUAUAUUGGACAACUUGCACUGGCUUCUUUAGCAUCUAUAGAAGUUGAGGAAGACUCCCAAGCCCCUGAAGUUCACAGGCAGAGAAUUCAUGAAAAGAUGAAGGCAUGGCAGAAGGAAAGGGAGCAGAAGCUGAUAUCAAUUCUGAAAGAUCGUCUGCAACCAUUUGUUGAUGGUCGUGUAGAUGAAUUUACAGCAUGGGCAAAUUCAGAAGCGCGUCAUCUUUCAACAGCUGCUUUUGGAGAGGCCAUGUUGCAUACAAUUGGCUACAUCUACACACGAAAAGCUUCAAGAGAACUUGGAAGGGAUAUACGGUUUAUGAAUGUUCCCUUUUUAGCUGAGUGGGUACGAGACAAAGGUCAUCGUAUGAAGUCUCAAGUGAUGGCAGCUUCAGGAGCUGUGUCCCUAAUUCAAAUACAAGAAGAUCUCAAGAAAAUAAACCAAGGAGAAAGCAAAGAAGAAGACUUGGUGAAAGCUGUUGAAGACAAGAAGGAUACCAUGGUUAAUUCCCUAUGGAAGAUCAACGUAAUUGAUAUUGAAUCAACUCUCUCACAUGUUUGCCAAGCAGUUCUUAGAGAUCCUAGUGCUUCCAAAGAUGUUGUGAGGUCUCGAGCCAAAGCAUUGAAGAAGUUAGGAGCUGUCUUUCAAGGUGCUAAGGCUGUUUACAGCAGAGAAAACAGUCUACGCCGAGAAAGUGAUGAUAAACUGGGAGAUGCUGCUUCCUCUUCAUAGUCAUCUUGCUCAGGUUGUUUGAUAUGGUUGUUUAUUGAGCUAUAUUCUUAUGGCCUUCUAUCUCUCAAAGGAUUUUGAACCUUAUUUGUUCCAGUAUUUUUAAAUUUUAAUAGGCAUGGUAUGUAAUUUAACUGACAUAUGAAUUGGACUAAACUGCCAAUAGUCAUCUGCAUGUAGGUUUCAACCUUCUAUUUUUCUGUAAAGCAAUUUCCUUAUAUGAGUGCAAUAGUAUUCCCUCUAAAUUGAGUUGAUGUUAACUCCA